CGCACAUGUAUGUACUUUCAGACUGGUGCACCCGCUUCUCUUCCGGACUGUGCAAUACCCGCUUCUCUCCUCCGGACGAGUUGCUUGCUGAGGCCCAGGAUCCUCGCACGCCGCUUGUAUAUCUCUAGCCAAUCUCUCAUCCAUGUAGCCAAUGGUUGCCAUCCAGAACGCUCACCACCUCUCGAUACAUAUAUACACUCCUCGUCCCCGAGGCUUGCCACACUUGGAUGUAUUACUGUGCCUCUUGACUUAUCCUCUCGCUUUCAUCUAUUGCUCUCCUACCUCUAGCGGUAUACCAUCUUUUCCCAGAAUACCAUCACUUCGUCCGCACCAUUACCGGACUGCAUUACUGUUCGACAACGAUAUUGUCCUGCCUCCUUCCUGACUGACAACCGGUCUCACAAACGUGCUAUAAAACGCAUUCCACACUUUCAUCCCACAUUCAACUUGAACACAGGACAAGAUGACCGCUCCCAUAACUCAACAACAAUCCGCGCAAGCUAAAGAUGCUGCCGCUGCCGCCUCGGUCCGGAAAAGGAGAAGACGCGCUCCCGCCGGUGGCGCUGCCGACGACUGCUUCACCUGCUCCAAGAGGAACGUCAAGUGUGACCGCAGACGGCCCUACUGCUCACAAUGUCUCGAGAUCGGCAACGAGUGCUCAGGCUACAAGACUCAACUGACUUGGGGAGUUGGCGUUGCCAGCAGAGGCAAGUUGCGCGGUCUGUCUCUUCCCAUUGCAAAGGCACCUCCAGUGGCCGGAGUUGCAAAGAAGUCACCCUCGCGUCCCCGCGCAAACUCCACGGCUACCAGCGCAGGCUGGGCCGAUGCAGACGACAUGUCUCGAAGGAGUCCGCGCAACGAUGCCGGCUUCUCGCCGGAGCACGUUGUCUCAACACCCACGACACCCUACCCUCACAGCUACGAUAUGCUCUCCAUGUCACACCCCGAGCACACACCAUCAAUGACUGCUGGACACUGGGGCGGCCUCCCGUACUCAAAUAGUAUGCCGACGGAUGGUCCCAACUACAGGAAGUUGGGUGCUCACCUGGGACCUCUUCCCAUCUCAAGUGCGCUGUCUUCCUCACUCGAGUCCGUCAGCGACGGCGAUUACAUGUCCCCCAUGAGCCAUUCUUACUCAAGAGACGAUAUUCCCUUCCUCCACAGCCCCAACGUCAUGUACGACGGCUACAGCACCCACGGCUCGCCGGUGCCUCAAAGCCCCAUCUCUGCCAUUCUUAUUGACCAGAGAGCCGCCCCGACAUCGUGCCCGAGCCUCGUGUACGCCCCAUCCGAACAUAGCUCCAGUCUCACAUCACACAUGGACAACUUCGAAAGCCAGUUGAGUCAGAAACUGAUGCGGGAGUGUGACACUUUGAGCGUACCCGAGAUGGAUGCGUACAGCACGAGCUGCAAUUCCAGCGGCCAUGUUUGGACAUCUCCCCCUCCGGAGGAGAUGUCACCCCAUCAUUCGGAUCACCACGCUUCGGCUCAGUGGCCCACCAUGUUCGAGCCGCAGGCCGUCCACGUCAACUCUGACCUCAUUGCAAAGAUGCCCUUCUUCAUGGACUACUACAAGAACAUCAUGUGCCCUGGUAUGGUCUUCAUGGACGGACCAAGCAACCCCUACAGAGAACACAUUCUCCACCUGGCUUCGAGUAGUCAGAGCCUGCAGCAUGCCAUUUGCGCUCUAUCAGCCUGCAACCUGCGGAUGAAGCGCAGACUCAGCUUGGGCCAGGACACACGUGAACUCUCCGAGAAGCUCAUGGCUGAGAAGUCGACUGCCGAGUCCAUGGCGGACGCCCAGCCCGAGGACCAAUCCCUCUCCGAAGAGUACCAGCACCGCAACCUGGCUGUCCACCUUCUCAACCAGCAGCUCAACGAUCCGGCCAAGUCCAGCCACGACUCUGUCCUUGCCACGAUCCUGCUUCUCUGCCACUACCGCAUGGUGGAGUCGGGCAUCGCCAAGUUCCACACCCAGUUCGCCGGCGUCAAGAAGAUCCUCUCUAUGCGGCGAUCACAGAACCUGGCACCUUCCCGCGACUCUGCAUGGAUGGAGGCCAUCUUUACCUACUUUGACGCCAUCUCGGCCAGUAUCAACGACCGGGAGGCUCAGCUUAACUCUACAUUCUACGGCGUCAUGCCCGAUGCUCAGUUGCUUCCCCCUGGCGCUGAGAACCUCGUCGGCUGUGACCGUGAGCUCUUCAAGACCAUCAGCAAGCUGGGCAGACUUAACCUCCUCUCUCAACACCGCUCGGUCCAGAACCUCGUCACUAGCCCCAUGGCGCGCAACAUCCCUUCGCGCUCGCAGUCACCCCUCAGCUCGCCCCUGGGUCACUCCUUCAAGAGCAACCUUAACGGCCUGCACCACCAGCAACUCGGUGACAUCUACAGCUUGCCGGGUCACCGUUUCGACGGCAACGGGUUCGGCUCUACCUUGGACGACGACGAGUUUGUCUCUUCGACGCUCUGCUCAUCUGCAACGUACGACGACAACCGCAACAACUUCUGGAGAGAGUGGAAAGAGGCCCGCGUCGCCCUCCAAAGCUGGGAGUUCGACUCGGCCCGCCUCCACGCCUCCCUUCCUUCUCCCGCGACCCCAGCCCAGGUCCGGGACUUGGGCUCCCUGUCCGAGGCGUUCCGCUACGCGGCCUUGCUGUACACGGAGCGUCUGGCGUCACCCAACGUCCCCUCGACGCACAGCAACUUCCAGAACCUGGUCUCGCAGGUGGUUUACUACGCCACGAGCCUGGAGGCGGGCAGCCAGGCGGAGAAGUUCCUCCUGUGGCCGCUUUUCGUCGCGGGCAGCGAGUGCGUCAACGAGCUCCAGCAGAACAUUGUCCGGAGCAAGUGCCGCGACAUCAUGGGGCGCUCUGGCUACAUGAACAACCUGGCCGCGCUCGACGUGCUGGAGAGGCUGUGGGCGGGCGAGUGGAAGGACAACGAGCCUCGGAGCCCGGCGGCUGUCAAGCUCGAGGCGAUGCGCCGGGGUCCGUUCAACUGGACCAGGUGCAUCGGGGGUCCCGGUGUCGAGGUAGAGUGGAUCAUGUUUUAAGGGUGUCUUUUUUACUUUACUGCAACUUUGCUGCAGCUCGCUUCGCCUUGCGGAGCUGGAUGGUAUGGAUCAUCAGGAGUCUUUUUUUGCAGGGGAAGUGAAAAAGGGAACACCAAAAAAAGAGCGAGCAAGGGGAACUCGGGAAGCACGACCACGAGUCACGCGCAAAAGAGAGACGUCGGAGUGAGCGAAUGUGUUUUCUUUUUUCCCCCUUGCUCCGGCUGGCAAGCUGGGCUUGGAAGUCACGACUGAUGAGAUGAGAGAGAGAGGGGCGGCGGUGAUUGAGUGGUCUAUCUGAUCUGUAAACCUGUACAAUAGCAAACUACGACGACUUUGUGGGCAUACAUACUUAUGAUGCGGCGUUAAUCAAGGGAAACUAGGAGGCAAAUAGGGUCGUCUCUUGGACGUGUAAGCCUCAAGAUUGGCUGAUUGCAUGGAAAUAGGGAUGAGUUGGGAAGUCUGAUGGAGAUAGCUUCCAAAAUACAAACUAACAUGAGAAGGCG